UCUUGUACGUCUCUUUUUUUGUUCCCGUAGAAAGUUCUGUUUCUUCAACCUAUCUCUUUGUCGUUGCCGUCCAUUCUGCUGGCGAGAAGUGCACAAACAGCUAUGAAGUUUUCACUUAAAGGAGAGCCAGAGUCUAGAUCUACUGAUGACUACUGGAGAUUUUGGGAUACAGAGGUGUGUAAUACCAAGAACGUUCAAUCAGUUAACUCUCCAGUAAAAAAAAACCUCAUCCCCUUACAGAUUGGUUAAGAAUCAGGCUGAACUUUGGUUUGUUCGCGGAUUGCAAAUAAUUAUUUCGAGGACUUCGUCUCGAUGUGAGAUCUUUAUUCCUUCCUAAGGGAGAAACUGAGGGACAGGGGACAUAAGUGAUCUAUAGAAAAGCUCAGCCAGAGACAUGGUGAAGGAGAGAGAGAUAAGAAAAUGUUGUAACAUCACAUAGCAAAGGGAAGGCACACUAACCAUGUAGUAAAUCUUAAAUGGAUGUGUUUUCAUUUUAAUUCAUUCGAUCAUCAUUUAGUACUAUGAUCAUAUGCUGAUUUUGAUUUUUUUUUAUUGUUUGCAGUAUAUUUGAGGUGGAGAGAACCAGUACCAGUAAUCAAGAUGCAAAAGAAAAAUGCCAACUUGUCUGGACAACAGUCUUUUUCUAAGUGUCAAUUCCCAGUCCUACAUUUCCUCUUUUCCGUUUCAUCAUAUGAGGAAAACGAUGUGCGUGAGAGUGCUCUGUAUGACCAAAAGGAUGAGAAAAAUCUUGCGUAAGAAAGAGACGUUGUCAGGAUGAGAAUAAACUUUUUUGAGUCUAAGCAAUCAUGUUGUUGGAGAUUAUGAAGAGAUGUGAUGAGAAGGACGUUAAUAUGCAAAGGUGAUAACAUAACAGAUUCAGCGAAUAUCAAAGCUGAGAUAGCAGGACAUGAUGUACCUCAAAGUCAACCAAAGAAAACCAGAAAUUUCUUGUCAAAUGAAAAAAGGCACGAGAUCUUCAGUGCUUUGCUUGAAAGGAGUAUUUGGUGGAAAGUUGGCAAACAGUGUAACAAGAGACGUUUCCUUGCAAUUCUCGGUGUCUAUAGCAACCGUACAAAGGAUUUGGAAACAAGCAAAAGCAAUAGCUAAUAGUGGAAGAGUUAAUGUAUCUCAUCGGCGAACCGGGAAUUGUGGUCGCAAAAGAAUCACAAUCGAACCAACUCAAGUUGCUGGUGUUCCAUUAUGUAGAAGAACAACUUUGAGAUCGAUGUCUAUGGCUUUGAGUGUGAGUCUUACAACGUUGUUUAGGAGAAAGAAAGAAGGGUUCAUCCGUCGUCAUACUAAUAGCAUCAAACCUCUUUUGAAGGAAGCCAAUAUAAGAGGUAGGCUACAGUUUUGCAUCUCUAUGUUGGAUAAAGAUAGUCUACCUCAUGAACCCAAGUUUGUUGAUAUGUACAACAUAGUUCAUAUCGAUGAGAAAUGGUUCUAUAUGACGAAGAAGACCGAGAAGUAUUAUCUACUGCCGAUUGAAGAAGAGCCACACCGUACAUGUCAAAGCAAGAAUUACAUUGGAAAAGUGAUGUUUCUAGCGGCAAUGGCUCGUCCAAGAUUUGAUGAAGAAGGAAAUGAGGUAUUUGAUGGAAAAAUUGGAAUAUUUCCGUUUGUUACUCUGGAGCCAGCUAAGAGAAAGAGUAAAAAUAGAGAUGCCGGGACGUUAGAACUAAAAGCGUCAACGUCUGUCAAGAGAGAAGACAUCAAAUCAUGCUUGAUUGAAAAAGUUCUUCCGGCUAUUCAUGAAAAGUGGCCACAAGAAGACAGAGAGAAAACUAUUUUUAUUCAACAGGACAAUGCAAGAACACAUGUUGAGUGUGGAGAUGAGGAUUUCGAAGAAGCUGCGUCAAAAAAUGGCUUUGACAUUCAGCUGAUUGUCAACCGCCAAACUCGCCUGAUCUUAAUAUUUUAGAUCUUGGAUUCUUCAGUGCCAUCCAAUCGUUACAGCAUAAGGAGUCCCCGAGAAGCAUAGAAGAUCUUGUUCAUGCAGUGGAAGAAUCUUUCGAAAAGUAUUCGUCGGAAAUGGUAAACCGUAUUUUUCUUAUUCUUCAGUCAUGUAUGCAAGAGAUCAUGAAAUGUGGAGGACAAAACAAGUACAAAAUCCCGCAUAUGAAGAAAUCCGUGCUGGAGAAAAAUGGUCUUCUACCUACACGAAUCAGUUGUGAUGCUAUGUUAGUUCAAAAUGUGAUAAGCACACUUGGUUCAUUAGAGUAGUAGGUUUAAGUUUUUUAUAUGCUUUUUCUUUCUUAUCUAUUAUCUUGUGUUUUGUUGUUGUUAUG